AUGGACAGCCCCGACUACUCCAGGCCUGUCUCCGGGCCCCCGCCUGGGCCGGGCCCCUCGACGGUCAUCUCCAUCCCCACGGCCGUCAGCUCCUUUCAGCCCCGAGAUUACCUGGUCUGGUCCUUCUUCAACACCCUCUACCUGAACUUCUGCUGCCUCGGCCUCAUUGCCUUCAUUUUCUCCGUGAAGGCGAGGGAUCGAAAGGUGAUGGGAGACCUGGUGGGAGCCAAGGAUUACAGCCAAACCGCCAAGUGCCUGAACAUCAUCGCCGUGGCCGCCUGCUUCUUCUCCAUCUUCAUCUGCAUUGUCAUCACGGUGGGGAUCGUCUUAUCUGCCAGAUGA